AUGUCAGCUCAUGAACCUCGCAAUCACCCCGCUCUCCCCCGUGUCGAGCUCGAGCUGAGCGAAGAUGCGUUAAAAACCAUCAACACGCACCUCCUCGAGCUCGAUGUUGUCAAAAACACCCAAUCCGUCCAUUUUUCGCCCAUGUUCUCAAUCUAUGCCUCCACCGUCCUGCUUGCAGCUAUCAUAGCGGCCUGCCCGGAUCUCCUUGAUCAGAGGUAUGCACGCGUGGAAGCAGCGAUGCAAGUGUUGUGCCAGAACUCGAGACUGCAGGAGGAUUUGAGGGAGGCGAUUGAGAAAAGGGAUUUUAUGAACGUGUUGAAUAUUGGUGUGUUACAUUGCUUCUCUGUUUCGUUGUUGGAAAGCUGA